CAGUUUGGUCAGUCUGCGAACGUAUGCUGUGAAGAGCAUUACUGGUAGUCUGUUUUAAUGAAACGAAGCCGCCAAGCGACUCGAAAACGCCAUUAUGUCUCUGCCUCAGUCUUUGGCUCCAGCGCUCGCCACAAUACGUUUAAAGGAAAAAAAACGCGUGUUCAACUAGCUACCGAAUUAGGAGCCUAUUAAUUUACCUCAGUCUCUUCUCGUGUAAUUGUUGGCAAGAUGGUGCAAUAAGCACAAUAUAAACAUUGUUAUUUUAUCCUUCAUGUAAUUCUGGCGUAAUGUGAUUUAAGGUAAAUGAUCCCUCUGCAGAUUAAAAGUUACAAAUAAAGCUUGUUAAAAUUAUUAGAUGGCAAUUGUGGUUAGAACGAAAACCAGCACACACACAGAUACUCCAAGGCCCAGUUUGGGAAUCAUUGGGUUAAUCGACCCAUCUGGAUAAAAAUCCGAAGAAGGCGGUGCUUCCCUGCCGCCUGGCAUUGGCUGAGAGGAUAGUUUUGACCCGGAUCAGCGGAGCUAGCCAGUAAAACGAAAGCUUUCAGUCAUUUAUCAGCGCUACGAAGUCCGUAUGCGAGCUGUGAAAAUCCUCCUUUCUCUCCCUCACACCAAUGAGCAAUCCUUUUUCUAUCGACUGAGAGAGCAUUCAUUUCGGCCUCAAGGGUUUUUUGGCGUAUGCUGCUGGCUAGCUAACGUCAACACUGCAAGUACAAUGGCAACUUUAGCCGAAACCAAGGAACUGUUCCGCAGAGCGGAGGCAGUGUGCUUCGACGUGGACAGCACCGUCAUCAAAGAGGAGGGUAUCGAUGAACUAGCGAAGUUCUGUGGAGUUGGAGACGCGGUCACAGAAAUGACUCGAAAGGCGAUGGGUGGGUCCAUGACGUUCCAGACGGCCCUGAGGGAGCGGCUGGCCAUCAUACGAUGCUCCCGGGAGCAAGUGAACAAGCUGAUCACGGACCACCCUCCACAGCUGACUCCAGGUAUUAAGGAGCUUGUGAGGAACCUCCAGCAGAGGAAUGUGAAGGUCUUCCUCAUCUCCGGAGGGUUCCGCUGCAUCGUGGAGCACGUGGCCUCGCAGUUGGGCAUCCCGCUGCACCACGUCUACGCCAACCGGCUGAAAUUCUACUUCAACGGGGAGUAUGCAGGGUUUGAUGAGACCCAGCCCACGGCGGAGUCGGGGGGGAAGGGCCGGGUGAUCAGCCUGCUGAAGGAGCUCUACAGCCUGGAGAAUGUGGUGAUGAUCGGAGACGGAGCCACGGACCUGGAGGCCUGCCCCCCUGCUAGUGCCUUCAUUGGAUUCGGCGGGAACGUCACCAGGCCACAGGUGAAGGAGCGGUCCUCUUGGUACGUCACGAGUUUCGGAGAGCUCCUAAAAGAGCUGGAAAAGAUUUAAGGACCGCGCGGAGAGAGACUGCAACCCCAUGUGAUCCUUCUCACAGAACACUUACCUCUUUGGGACUCUUUAACUAACGGCAGCAAGAGAAACCCUCUAAAAAGGCUUCUCGUAGGGUUUUUAAAUUAUUAAUACUCAAUAUUAGCAUUAGGUUGUUUUUUGAAAAUUCUUAAGCACUAUCCGUACAUUUUAGGCCGGCGGAAUUAACUUGUAAAGCAACACCAUUUAACGGUGAGGCGACUGUAGAUGACAUGAGACUUCUAAUUCCUAAAUAUAACUGGGCUUUGUUUUUACCAGGAAGUGGAAAAACAAAAGUGGAAAGUGGUUAAAAA